ACAUAUUCUUGCAAGCAUUCUCUGUUGCUGAACAGGCUUGGGAAAUUUUAUUGUUAAAGUUGCUGAAUACACAGAAUAGUUCUAGGACAGAUGCAGUUUGCAAAAUAGAAGAACAAGAAAAUGAGUGGGUGUUUAUACCCUGCUUUUCUCUACCCUAUUCAGUUUAUAAUCCUUUCAUCUUCCUACAACAGUCACCUUGUGAGUUAAAGGUACCAGUGGUCAGUUCCACAGCAACAUCUGAAGAGAACGAGCUGCCUCAUGUUGCUUCUCAGAAAAGAUAAUCACUGUUCAUCACCAGAAUUUGAGUGGUUUGAGAAUCACCCAGAAAUGCAAUCAAAAUCAUGGUUUUCAUCUGAUCCCAGAGUAGAAUUUUGUUACAUCACCAUGGCAUUUUAGGAGACGGAGUCUGGCUUGUGUUUGAACAGUGCGAGUUUGCUUCAAAGUGGAGCUGCUGGUUUCAGCUACUCUACAUUGGGCAGAUGGAGAAGUAGAGGCUUCUGCCUUGGAAACCACUAUUGACAUCCAUAUUCUUCCUAUGACUAAAUCUGCUAUGGAAACACCAAGAGAUCCCCAUUCAUCAUCCGAUUUUUUUAUCUUUGACACAGAGUCUGUGCAUCACACAGACAAAGAAAUUCAAGCAGAUCUAGAUCCCCUCAGUAACUUGGAGGAGUCUGAAUUCUCUUCUCAAGGAGGUGCUGCAGAGUUCCAGGAGAUGGAAGCAGGGAUUGAAUUUGAGGGGACUGCAUUUGCUGUGCAGAUCACUCCCCUCAAAGACAUCAAAAAUCAUAGGGAGAAGAUGGAUCCCACAAGGGACCCCCCAGCUUCUUCAUACAUUCCAGAUUAUGUGAUGGAAACCUUAGACAAUAAGAAUCAAGCAGAGCGGCUCAGCACCCAAAGAGGGACCAGUGGUUUACCUCCAGAAACAUAUUCCAGGAUCGCUGAGAUCAGCAAUUUAGAGGGAAUGGGUCAGCUGACUAGUAGGCAGAUCACAGCAGUUGACCUUGACCUGAAGAAGAUAAAGUUGGAUAAUGCACUGACCAGAAUGAGGUAUAGGCUUGAAGAUAAUGAAAAGAGGCGGCAGCACGAGGAAAAAAUGGAACGGAUGCGUCACCAGGCAGUUUCUCGAUCAAUUGGACAAGAGCUCCAUGAACUACUCCAGCCGCAGAACCAGUAUGCCCUAUUUUUUUUCUGCUUCAUCUUUAUCCAUGUUAUUUACACUGCCAGGGAGCUGGCUUUCUAUUUUAUUGCAAAGCACCACAUAUUCUGCUUUGUCAUUGUGAUGUAUUUCAUUGUCAAGAAGACUGCCCUUGGUUUCAGAAACAAGAAGAAAUAGCCAGGAAACAACCAACAGACUCUAGACAGUGAAGAAAAAGAGAACCAAAAACUGCUUCCUAAAGUCUCCCGCUUCACAGGCCUAUCUUUCCUCCUCUUAACUAUUUCCCUCUUACAAUGUAGGCAAUGAAAACACAAUUUUAGAUGUGGCUGUCUAAGGGUCUUACUGUUUCCUCUUUUAAAUGCUGCCCUUCAAUAUUGUUUGCCAUUAUUCCCUUGCAGAAUAAUGAGCCUGCCACAUUAAUAAAAUGAUGGGGAAUUUUAAAAAA